UUUUCAUUCCAUCUCAACUUCUUCUCUUCAUUUCUUUUUUAGAAUUUCAGCAUCAUUGUUCCAAUAUGAAGUUUCAUUUCUUUCACAUUACUACUUUUCUCACGCUUCUGCUAGUGGCAACUAAUGCUGCAAGAUUACCACCUCAACUUUACUGGAAGUCCGUAAUCCCCAACUCUCCAAUGCCAAAAGUCAUCGCUAAUCUGCUUCCCAACUUUCCCAUGCCAAAACCCAUCACUAAUCUCCUACUCCCUGGAGUGAAAAAGAGCUACUCUGAUGGAGGUGAAGUUGGUGUAAGCUCUGGAGAACUACCUAAUGCAUUUUCUUACAAACAUGAUGCAAGUGAGCCUGAUAUAAAUUCAGGAGAAUUACCUAAUGCCUUUUCUUACAAACAUGCUGCAAGUGAGCCUGAUGUCAAUUCUGGAGAAUCACCCGAUGCCUUUUCUUACAAACAUGCUGCAAGCGAGUCUGAUGUGAAUUCCGAAGAAUUACCUAAUGCCUUUUCUUACAAACAUGGUGCAAGCGAGCCUGAUGUGAAUUUUGGAGAAUUGCCUAAUGCCUUUUCUUACAAACAUGGUGCAAGCAAGUCUGGUGUGAAUUCCAGAGAAUUACCUAAUGCCUUUUCUUAUAAACAUGGUGCAAGCAAGUCUGGUGUGAAUUCUGGAGAAUUACCCAAUGCCUUUUCUUACAAACAUGGUGCGAGCGAGCCUGUUGUGAAUUCCGGAGAAUUACCUAAUGCCUUUUCUUACAAACAUGGUGCAAGCGAGACUGGUGUGAAUUCCGGAGAAUUACCCAAUGCCUUUUCUUACAAACAUGGUUCGAGCGAGCCUGUUGUGAAUUCCGGAGAAUUACCUAAUGCCUUUUCUUACAAACAUGUUGCUGGCAACUCUGAUGUGAAUUCUAAAGAAUUACCUAAUGCCUUUUCUUACAAACAUGCUGCAGGCGAGUCUUAUGUGAAUUUUGGAGAGUUAUCUAAUGCUUUUUCUUACAAACAUGCUGCACAAGAGCCUGGUGUGAAUUAUGAAGAAUUACCUAAUGCAUUUUCUUACAAACAUGCUGCAAGCAAGCCUGAUGUAAAUUUCGGAGAAUCACCUAAUGCCUUUUCUUACAAACAUGCUAAAAGCGAGCCUGAUGUGAAUUUCAGAGACUCGCCUAAUGCAUUUUCUUACAAACAUGCUGCAAGCGAGCCUGAUGUGAAUUCCGAAGAAUUACCUAAUGCCUUUUCUUACAAACAUGCUGCAAGCGAGCAUGAAGUGACUUCUGGAGAAUUACCUAAUGCUUUUUCUUACAAACGUGCUGCAAGCGAGCGUGAUGUGAAUUCCGGAGAAUUACCUAAUGCCUUUUAUUACAAACAUGAUGCAAGUCAUCUAGAUUUGAAUUCCGGAGAAUUACCUAAUGCCUUUUCUUACAAACAUGGUGCAAGUGAGCCUAAUGUGAAUUCUGCAGAAUUACCUAAUGCCUUUUCUUACAAACAUGGUGCAAGCGUGCCUGCUGUGAAUUCCGGAGAAUUACCUAAUGCCUUUUCUUACAAACAUGCUGCAGGCAACUCUGGUGUGAAUUCUGAAGAAUUACCUAAUGCCUUUUCUUACAAACAUGCUGCAGGCGAGUCUUAUGUGAAUUUCAGAGAAUUAUCUAAUGCUUUUUCUUACAAACAUGCUGCAGGCGAGCCUAGUGUGAAUUAUGAAGAAUUACCUAAUGCCUUUUUUUGUGGACAUGUUGCAGGCGAGCCUGGUGUGAAUUAUGAAGAAUUACCUAAUGCAUUUUCUUACAAACAUGCUGCAAGCAAGCCUGAUGUAAAUUUUGGAGAAUUGCCUAAUGCAUUUUCUUACAAACAUGCUGCAAGUGAGUCUGAUGUGAAUUUUAGAGAAUCACCCAAUGCCUUUUCUUACAAACAUGCUAAAAGCGAGCCUGGUGUGAAUUUCGGAGACUCACCUAAUGCCUUUUCUUACAAACAUGCUGCAAGCGUGCCUGAUGUGAAUUCCGAAGAAUUACCUAAUGUCUUUUCUUACAAAUAUGCUGCAAGCGAGCGUGAAGUGAAUUCCGGAGAAUUACCUAAUGCUUUUUCUUACAAACAUGCUGCAAGCGAGCGUGAUGUGAAUUCCGGAGAAUUACCUAAUGCCUUUUAUUACAAACAUGGUGCAAGUCAGCUAGAUGUGAAUUCCGGAGAAUUACCUAAUGCAUUUUAUUAUAAACAUGGUGCAAGUGAGUCUGAUGUGAAUUAUGGAGAAUUACCUAAUGCCUUUUCUUACAAACAUGCUACACGUGCGACUGAUGUAAAUCAUGGAGAAUUACCUAAUGCCUUUUCUUACAAACAUGCUACACGUGCGGCUGAUGUAAAUUAUGGAGAAUUACCUAAUGCCUUUUCUUAUAAACAUGCUGCAAGUGAGCCUGAUGUUUAAGCUAUUGUUGUGUGUCACAGUGAUACAUCACAAUGGAAUCUGAUGCUUUUGGCAUUUCAAGCUCUCAAAGUUAAACCUGUGACUAUUCCGGUUUUCCACCUCCUACCUAAGGAUAAUGUUGUUUGGAUUUCCAAGUAGAACAACAUCUUUCCUUAGACGUUUAGGUGUGUUGUGUUAGCUACGUUUUACUUUCAAUGUUUUAGGUUUUCCAUAUUUGCUAUGUCGUAUUAUUACAAGUGUGUUAUUUGUUUUACUUUUAUGUAUUUACUAUGAUGUAUUACAUGUGUGUUAAAUAAUGUUGCUUUGAUGUUAUGGCUCAUUGCAUUAAUAAAUGUGUUUUCUUUAUUUAUCAA